UGUCAAGUUUGGAUUUGAUCGCCUGAAUCCAGCAGACCCCCACCUGCCCGCGCCCAGUGCCAAUGGCUGACCGUCUCUUUCAGCGCAAACCCUGGGGCACCGAACAGAUGCCCACCGACUCCGACCCUGAGUCCGAAGGCCUGUUUGAUAAGCCUCCCCCAGAAGAUCUUCCAGCUGCCCGCGCGCCCAAGUCGGCGUCUGCUGCGGGCAAGAAGUCUGGUCGGCGUGCGAGCGGGAAGGCGCAGGGGAUCCGCUCCGGGCAGCCCCCCAAGGCCGCCGCUCGUCCCCAGUUCAAGGAAGAGGCGCCUCCACUGGACGAGGGCUGCUAUCUCGAUCACUUCCCGCACCUCUCCAUCUUUAUUUACGCGGCUAUCGCUUUCUCCAUCACCUCCUGCAUCUUCACCUAUAUCCAUUUACAGCUUGCCUAA